AUGGAGAACAACCCAGCAGCAAGCCGUACGAGGCCUGUCUAUGACUCCGCUCAAGGCGGACACUAUGGCGCCAGCGCUGCGCUCGCGGCUCAGGGCUUUGCGCCCAGUGAGCUUUACACCGGUCCUUGGGCAAAUGUGCAUCAAGGCCUCACGGGCCAGUACAAGGACAUCUUGACUACAUACUGGCAACACACCAUCUCCUGCCUCGAAAACGACAACCACGACUUCAAGCUCCAUCAGCUACCGCUAGCGCGCAUCAAGAAAGUUAUGAAAGCCGAUCCCGACGUCAAGAUGAUAUCUGCCGAGGCCCCGAUCUUGUUCGCAAAGGCUUGCGACAACUUCAUCACAGAGUUGACCAUGAGGGCAUGGAUUCAUGCCGAGGAGAACAAGCGCCGUACUCUCCAACGCUCAGACAUCGCAUCCGCUCUCGCCAAGUCCGACAUGUACGACUUUCUGAUCGAUAUUGUCCCCCGCGAAGAAGCAUCCAGCCAUGCCAAGCGGACCCAGACCGCAGUUGCUCAACCUGCACCUGCUGGUCAGGCUCCAAUGUCAGGACAACAACACACGAUGACCCAGGCGCCCAACCAAGCCCAUCCAAUGGGUGCUGAUUACAUGGCUGGGCAUGGCCUCGCUCCCGAUCAAGACUACCGCAAUCAGCCCAACAUGUAUCCCGACCAAUCAGUGCCUAACCCCCAGGCCGCAUACGGUCAGACCCAGCCUAUGCACCCAUACGGCAACAUGGGCGACAUGUAUCCCUACUCAGCCAUGCCACCACAGCAGACAAGCAUGCCCAACGAAGAAUUUGAGCAGUAG